AUGUGCAUCCGCUGGCAGGACAGAGUUUCCAACCUGGAGGUUCUUGAGAGGGCAAAGUCAAAGAGCAGUGAGCUGAGAGAGGGUACAAGAAAAACUGGAAGACCAAAGCUGAGGCUCAAAGACACCCUGAAAAACAAGCUCAACUGGUGCGAACUCGAACCUCGUGACCUGGAACCAGCUGCAGACAGAGGGGGCUGGAGAUCUCUGAUCUACAGUGACGUGAAAGCCUUCAAAGAAGACGGACAACACCUACUCGAGUCUGCAAGAGAGAGAGAGACGUCACAGGGCUGCAUCAGCCCGCAUCCUGACAACCGACCACCAAUGUCCAACCUGUGUGAGACUCUGCGCUUCAGUGGUUCUGGGCAACAAAUCCACCAACCAAAAAUUACAGGUGGAUAUUUAAAGGUAUCCUUGAUUGUAUAUGAGAAUGCCAGUGGGGCAAAGGGGGCAGUGACGGUGCCCACAGCACACCGUGCAUCUCCUCACCUGCAGUGGGCGCCAGCUCUCUAUGCGCGCGAGGACUUCCGUGGUGCAGCAACUCCCAGCGGAUUACAAAGAAAAGCUGGCCAUCCUCCGCACCUACUGCAGACACAAGAUUACCGAAAAAAGAUCCAGCCCAACCCCAUCACCAACAUGGACGAGGUCCCGCUCACCUUUGACAUCCCCAUGAACCAUACUGUGGAGAAGAAGGGGGCCAGCACAAACUCUGAGUCUUUGGACCAGUGCAUCCAGAAUGCACUAUCAUCCCUCUACCCACCUUUCCAGGCUACCUCUCCUACAGUCCUCUGUCAAGUCCUGCAUGUGGUGGAAAGAUGUUAUCAAGGAGAUGGUCUACGCUACCUGUUCCACUUCCUGCUUCCUGCAAAGCACUUUUUACAGAACCUCCAGCAAGAUGCAUGUUCACCAUACACUGGUCUGGUGUUCCAUCACGAGGGCUGGCCUCUCUGCCUCCAUGAAAAGGUUGUCAUCCAGCUCUGUCCUCUGGACCCGCGCCUGCUCCAUCCAGGAGACUUCUAUCUACUGGUUUCUCCUGAUGCUCGUCUUCCUUCCCAAAAUUACAGCAUGCCCUAUAAGAAUAGGUUCAUCACCCCUUCCUCCCCUUGCCUGCUAGUGUGCAGCCUCUCGCAUGAGGGCCGUCAUGUGGAGAAGCAGCAGGUAUCGCCACUGGUCUUGAGGUCCCUCUUCGGGAUGGCUUGGCUGGAUUCUGUCAACAAGGAGAGAGAGCGGCAAGGAGCAUCUGGGUUGGAGCACUGCCUUCUCUCUGCUCAUAGCGAUGUUUUCAGGGUCCAGUGGAAGGAUCUAGUCCACCCACAGUUCAUCAGCCACUCCAGAGAGACACUGAAUGGGAACAAGGCACACGUGGAUGAGGACGUAUCAGAGUGUGUAACCACCUCCCCCCAAACUGAAAUAAAACCACUUCCCUCCUCCACAAAAACAAACCAAACCCCUGCAAAUAGCGAUGAUUCUGAUUCAGAGGGGGAGUAUGUGGAACUGACAGACCUACCCCUGCCUCGCUUCUAUCCUCAGAAAGGGUCAUUAACCCAGUCCAUUUGUCUGCAGAACCAAAACAAAACCCGUGCUUUGAAAAACACUGGUUUGGACUCAUGUAGACCUGUCAUACUCACCCCUAUCUCCCCUGUUGCCUUCUCUUCAACAUCUGAGAAGGAAGGAGUGUUAAGCAAUCAGCCAGAGUGCCAGACCUUUCAGGAGCGGACAGAAGGUACUAGUUCACCCCCUGUUCUGAACCAACAGACAAAAGACUGCAUGGAAGAGGGAGAGGUGACGGGGGACGAGGCAGAUACAGAUGCCAAGGAACAUCUGAAGCAGGUGCAGGAAAGAGAAGAAAGUGUCGAGGAGAGACUAGGUGAUAAAGAACAUGAGAUGGUACAGCCAGAGAAGGUGCAGGAAAAAUGGGAUGUUGGAGAGAUGGAGGUUCGGUGGAUUGAAGGAGGUAGAGAGUUAGACCAAGAGGAGGUGGAGGUAGAAGAGGAGAUUCAAGUUGUUAUUGUGAAGCAGGUUCAGAGGCGAGAGGAGCAGCGAGGAGGUUCUCAAAGUGACUCCUGUACAACCUGUAAAGAGACUGCAACUCCAGUGGAGGAUCUGGACUCACUUUGCAGUGAACAUGCAGAGACGGCCAAUGGAUGGGAAAAGGAGGAAGAAGAGUGUCCAAGUGAGGAGGUUGUUGGGGGAGGAACUGUGGAGCUUCAGUGUAAAGGACCAAGCAGCGAAGCUUCACCUUCUGUUGGUUCCAGUGCAGUAGAAUUGGAACAGCCAGUAACAUCUGCCCAAGUGGACCUGUCUGGUGUUACCACAGACCCAAUAUGCCUUACUCGAAUCUCUCAGUUCUGCCACUCCAGCUUCUACAGAGUGCUGAUCAGCUCUGGUGUUCUAUGUCUGCCUGGUGAGAAAGCUAUAAGCUUCAUACUCUUCAAAACUAAGCUUGAGUCAGACCAGGUACCAGAGACAGAGGUGGGGAGGGCCAUACUGACAGUCUGUAGCAGAAAUGCAGUGUGGUCAAAUCCUGACUGUGAUAGCUCAGAGGUACUUCAUGUGCUGCUAUACUACAGCUCCACCCUCAGGAAGGAAGUACGAGCGCUGGGGUUGACUGUGCUGGUGGAUGCCCGAGGAGCCCUUCCUGUUCCUGCCCUGUUCUCUGCGCUCGCGUCAUUGCAGGAAAAGAUGCCAGGCUCUGUCCACUGUGUGCUGAUUUUAGUCAAUAAAGAUGAGGUUCUACAUCUGGAGAAACCUCCAAACCUACAGGUGGAGGCAUUGAGCUGUUUGAAGUCGCUUCAGAAGCACAUAGAGCUUCAUCAGCUUCCAACAGAUUUUGGUGGUUCCUUCAGCUACAGUCAGAAGAACUGGCUCUGCUUCAGAUUGAGAGUCGAACAGCUGACCAGUCAGUGUGAAGUCGUCAUUAACCUGCUGCAGAAAACCAUCACCAUCCUGGAAUCCACAGGUUUACCUGCUGCCGCCGAGGAGGCGGAGCUCUUGUUGUCCAGGUGUAAGGCAGUGAUGUGUAGCAUCAUGGCAGACAGCCGAUUGGUCCAGUUACAACAGGAGGGCGGAGCCUGCUUAUCAUGCCUCAGACGGGAGGAGAGCCGCAUCGCCACGACUGAUGACUACAGGGCAGCAGUGGAUGCUGUGGUGGUUCUGUACGAUCAGGUAGAUGACCUGCUCCACCACCUGGUCAAGCUGUCCAACAGUCGAACUGAAGCGCUCCGCUUCAUCGUGAAGUUCAGGAAAGUGGAGCAGAGCUUCAGUGAGGUGCAGCGCUGGAUGCAGGAAGUUGGCGAAGUUCAUCUGAAGAGGCUGAACAAUCCUGAAGAUUCUUUGGAGCUCCUCCGUAGAAAACAGCAGGACUUUAAGGACUUCUCCAUGGCUGCAUGUGAGCACAGUAAACGAGGAGAGGCCAUGUUGGCUCAUCUGGAGCAUUUCGACAUGUCAUCAGCUGACCUGCAGAUCUACAAGGACAAAGUUCAGUCCUUCUGGGCUCUGCUUCAGGAUUUCUCAAAGCAGCUCAAUGCCACUGGUCAAAACAUUGACAAAGCUGUACGACUCUAUCGUUUCUUUGAUCAGGCCUAUGGGUGGGCCUUGGAUGGUAUGAGUGUCCUUGCUGGCAUCACCAUGGAGGACUGUACACUUCCAUAUAAAUGCCAAGCUGUGAUUGGUUGCCUGGAGGACUACAAUCGUCAGCACCCACCAAUCGCAGAAGACCAUUUUCAGGAAAUGAAAGUGUUGGCAGGUGAGCUUCAGGGUGAGCAAGGCCUCCGUCAGUGGAGCUUUGCCUGGAUGAAGUGUCAGGAGACAAAGAAGACAUUUGAGAAAAAGAUGGAGGCAGUGAAGAGGACUCGAGACUCCACAUACAGACAACGCUCCAACUUUGAACAAAACAGAAGAUCCAGGAAGAUGUUUUCAGGACUGUGGGGGGUAAAGGAGUCAUCUUCCUCCUCAUCACACCACAGUCCCCAUGAGAUCACCACCACCACCACCUGUCAUACAAGCACUGCCUCAACUGCUCCUAAAGUUCCCUCAACUCCUUCUGAUGCUUCCUCAUCUUCCCCUAACACUUCGUCAUCUCCUUUUAAGGCCUCCUUACCUGCUCUAAAAGCUUCAUCACCUAACAUCUUCUUGACUCAUCCUAACACCACCUCAUCUCCUCCAAAACACUCCUCACCUCCUCCUAAAGGCUCCUCACAUCCUCCUGUAGUUUCCACAGCUGCUCAAACUACUUCACCUCCAAAUGCUUCCUGUCUGCCACCUGACAUCUUCCCUACUCCUCCUAGAACUUCCACACCUCUUAACACCUCCACAUCUCCUCUCCUCAGUGGUUCAAAUCCUUGUAAACUUUCCUUAUCUUCUCAGUUACCUUCCAAUGCUCCCUCGGCUCCAUCUGCUUUCUCUUCACUUCUUCCAAUCAUGACCUCCACUCAUUGUGACACUGCUCCCUCCCCAUUCCCAAACUUCACCUCACCCUUCAUGGCCUCCUUCCCACACACCCCAUACCAUCAGCUUAUGCUUCGCAGCAUCUCCUCAGGGGAAUCUCCUGACCAGGGUGAUAUCUGCUCCUCCCGUUCCAGUCUGCUUCAAGCUGACUCUAUCUCAGUCUGCUCCUCCACUUCCUCAAUCUGCUCCACCCAGAAGCAGCUGCUCCAGAAGACACAGAGCUUAGACUGUCCUUCGACCCCUGAUGCACUGAGGAACAGUACCUGGCUCCGCUCCUGCAGUGAGCCAGUUCGUACAGGAAACACAGGUGUGUUCAUUCGCGGCCUGGAAGUCAGCAGCACGGAAGCCACAGAUCACACACUCUGCAACAGGACAGCAGCUCCCAGCUGGACUGGACAGGGCUUAUGGACACCUGCAACACCCAGAGCCACCAGCAGCCCAACAGCAGAACAGCGACCAAGGGGAAGUAAACUGCGUCAUGUGGUUGACGAGAUGGUCGCAACAGAGCGUGAGUAUGUGCGCUCUCUCCGCUACAUCAUCCAUCACUACUUUCCUGAGAUGGACCGGCCCGAUCUUCCUCAGGACUUGAGGGGGAAGAGGUCGGUUGUCUUCGGGAACCUGGAGAAGCUACUUGACUUCCAUAGUCAGUUCUUCCUGCAGGAGCUGGAGUCGUGCUCAAAGCAUCCACUCAGAGUGCCUCACUGCUUCUUAAGACAUCAGGAGCAGUUCGGACUUUACGCUUUGUACAGCAAGAACAAACCCAAGUCUGACGCCCUGCUGGCCAACCAUGGAAAUACAUUCUUCAGGAGAAAGCAGAUGGAGUUAGGAGAUAAGAUGGAUCUCUCCUCCUACCUGUUGAAGCCCAUUCAGAGGAUGAGUAAAUAUGCUCUGCUGCUUAGUGACCUCAUCAAAGAGGUGGGUGCGGCUCAGGAAGCAGAGCUUGUCUCACUGCAAGCUGCCACCAGCAUGGUGAAAUUUCAGCUUCGCCAUGGAAACGACCUGCUUGCAGUGGAUGCUAUUCUCAACUGUGAUGUGAACCUGAAGGAACAGGGUCAGGUAAUCCGACAGGAUGAGUUCACUGUCUAUAGUGGACGAAAGAAAUGUCAGCGCCAUGUCUUUCUGUUUGAGGAGCUCCUUCUCUUCAGUAAGCCCAAGAGGGUGGAAGGAGGUCUGGAUGUCUUUCUCUACAAACACUCGUUCAAGACAGCAGAUGUUGGUCUGACGGAGUCCACAGGAGACAGCGGGUUGCGAUUUGAGAUCUGGUUCAGGCGCAGAACAUCCAAAAAUCAGGCGUUCAUCCUUCAAGCAGCAACUGCAGACAUCAAACGCGCCUGGACUAGCAACAUCGCCCACAUCCUGUGGAACCAAGCCACCAGGAACAAAGAGCUGCGUAUGAAGGAGAUGGUGUCGAUGGGGAUUGGGAACAAACCAUAUCUGGACAUCCAGCCCAGCGAUGCUGCCAUCAGCGACCGAGCUGUUCAUGGCCUUAUGAAGAGCAGAGGUGCCAGAUCCAGGGCAUCGAUCGCUGUGUCCUUCUUUGAUCAUGCCAAUCCUUUUAAACGUGGGGCAGUGACCUCAGAACCUGGGCCAUCAAGACCAUCAUCAUUCUCCAGCAGCUUGCUGGGACCACUCAACCUGCACAUGCGCAGUCACUCCAUCUCCUCCUGUCCUCCUGGUGAACGCUCCUUCACCACCCCUUAUAUUGAGGAAGAUGAGCAGGAGACGAGCAGUCAGCCCUCCAUAACCACAGAGAGUUCAGGUUCUUCAUCUCAGUGUCUCUCCGGAUCUACUGGUUCGGACAGUGGCUGCGUCUCUGCACACCUGCAGGAGAUGCAGCUUGAAGAGUCCUGCCAGCCUUUCUCCUCCUCCAAUGCCAUGUGCAGCAGCAAUAAGCAGCACCUCAGCAGCCGAUACAUUUCAGCGAAAUCGGCUCCAGUCAUCAGCCCGGCCACCGUUGUCUAAGUCUGCUGCCAAACCCAGUGGAUCAGACUGUUUGAACAGUUCCAGUUUGAAAAACACACUGAAGUCAGUUUUAUAAAAGCACUAUUCUGUUUAACUGAAACCACUUUUUUAAGACACUCUAUUUUAUUUAUCUUUGUUUCUAAAUGGCAGGUACAGUUCAUUUUGGUUUUGUACUUAACAUGUGAUAGUUGAUAAAAUUGUCUGCUGCUCAAAGCUGCUGUUAUGUUGUUUGUGGCUCAAGUUUGUAACUUCAACCCUGCUGUUGCUUUUCUUACUUGAACAAUAAAACUGGUUUCUUCAAAA